AUGCAGCUGGUUGUUCUGUCAGUCAAAGACUAUGGUCUGGGCAUCCUUUCCCUGUCCAAGCCUCAGAUAGACAGGUUGGAGAGAGUACAGAAUGCAGCUAUGAGGACAGUCUUGGGUUGCACAAAGGACACCCAUGUUGUCUUUAUGAGAUACAUUCUUGACCUGGCCAGCAUCAGAGUGAGAAAUAAGGUGACACAGGCAAAGCUGAACUUGAAUGUUUUGGUAAACCCGAGGCACACUUUGUAUGACAACCUAAGCAGCAUCACAGGAAAUAUGAUCAGACGGGGCAGCUCAUGGUUUGCAGAAGCUGAAGACUUCUUGGGGAAAGUUUGUUGCAUCGAUGAAAUAAGCAGUGGAAAGGAAUGGUUUGAACUGAGACCCGAUUGCAGAAGCCUGGUCAACGUUCACAUCCCUAUGGGUCGUGAAAGACGGGAAUGUGCUGCUGUCAUUAACGACAAUGACAUACGACUGUUAAUUGAGGAACACUCUAAGCCAGAGUACCCAGUGAUCUACACGGAUGGAUCUCCACUAACGUGUGCAGACGUCAAAGUGUCAAAAUCCCGACCAGUGGUGACCCUGCUUAACGGCCUUGAAGUCGUCUGCGACACUAAGACCGACAACGGAGGAUGGAUCGUGUUUCAGAGACGUGCAUCAGCUGAUGUGGACUUUUACCGCAACUGGGUCGAGUACAAGUACGGCUUCGGCAACAUCCAUGGAAACUUCUGGAUGGGUCUGGAGAAAAUUCACAAACUGACCAGCAUGCAAAGAUAUGAACUGAGAAUUGACUUCUCCUACCAAGGAAAGAACUACUACGCUAAAUACAGUAGCUUCUCUCUUUUGGGCGAACCGGAGAACUACGCUAUCCGGAUAUCCGGAUAUUCGGGCAAUGCUGAAGACACAAUGUCGUAUCACAAUGGUCAAGCAUUCUCCACCUUUGACCGUGACCACGACAAUUUUGGGAUAAACUGUGCCGCACACUACCACGGAGGCUGGUGGUACACGCAAUGUCACCACGUCCACCUGAACGGCGACUGGGGAAACACAAAGUAUGGACAUGGCCUGAACUGGCUGCCGGUGACCGGCUUCACGGACUCUGUCACCUUCAGCGAAAUGAAAAUGCGGCCUGUGGAUAACGAUCUGUGUUGUUCAAACGCCCUACUCUAAUUCUUU